UACGUCACUGCUCUGCUGUGCCACGAUUAGAGGGAAUUGCUCUGCCUCGUGCACCAAUGAUAUUCUGAGCUGUACAAAGAGAUCUAGUCUGUCUCAGGGAGCCGCUCUCGUCUGUAGGCGUAACGAUGUUGCGCACAGGAGGAGAGGGAUGCACAUGCAGACACAAAGCAUGACUUUUCUUUUAUCAUUCCGGACCUCGUCUUUGGAUUUUACACAUUUUACAUUUCGCUCAAGAGGUUGGGAAGCAACAUGGAGGUUUCUGGACGUGGAAUAAGGCGGAUCAAAUUGCCGACAUGGCAGGUGUUUCUAUGGUGGCAUCAUUUCUUUCUCCUGUGGAGUACAAUAGAAGCGCAGACCCGCUACAGCAUCCCGGAGGAGCUGAAACGGGGGUCCGUGGUGGGAAAUCUAGCCAAAGAUCUGGGUUUGGUUGUGUCUGAACUGUACCUGAGAAAACUGCGGAUAACCUCUGAAGCUGGUAAGCAGUAUUUUAAUGUGGACUUGGGGAAAGGAGAGCUGGUGGUGACUGAGAGAAUAGACAGAGAGGAGCUGUGUGGACAAAGCCCGUCGUGUCUGUUGCCUUUGGAGCUGGUCAUAGAUAACCCGCUUCAGCUGCACAGGGUGGAGAUUGAGAUCCAGGACACAAACGACCAUUCUCCGAGUUUUAUCACUAAGGAAAAAGUGGUGAAAAUUGCAGAGCUGGUGAACCCAGGCGCACGGUUUCCUUUAGAGAGUGCGCAGGAUCCGGAUGUGGGCGCUAAUUCUGUACGCACGUACCUCAUCAGCAAAAAUGAGCAUUUCAAACUGACGGUGAAAAAUCACAAAGACGGGAGGAAAAUACCCGAACUGGUUCUGGAAAAGGCUCUCGAUCGAGAAAAGCUGCCGGUCCACAACCUCGUCCUCACAGCUGUGGACGGAGGAGACCCGGUGCGUUCAGGAACGUCUGAAAUUACAGUGAUAGUGCUUGAUAAUAACGAUAAUGCGCCGCAGUUUGAAAAACAAAUAUACGAGGCGAAUGUGAGUGAAAGUGCAACACCUGGAACAGAAAUUCUGCAGGUUAAAGCUACAGAUGCAGACGAAGGGCUAAAUGGAGAAGUUGAUUAUGUAUUUGCUGAACAAACUGCAGAUCUGAUUUUAUCCUUAUUUGAUAUUAACCCUUCAACUGGAACUAUCGUUGUGAAAAACCAAUUAGACCACGAGACCACAUCCUUACACAGAUUUGAUGUAACUGCUAAAGAUAAAGGAAAUCCUGAAAUGGAUGGACAUUGUAGUGUGGAAAUCAAAAUAGUUGACAUCAACGACAAUUUGCCUGAAAUAAUAGUUACUUCUUUAACAUCACCUGUUCCUGAAGACUCUACUGUAGGAACUGUUAUUGCAAUAAUCAGUGCAAACGACCAGGAUUCAGGUGAUAAUGGAAAAGUAACAUUAACUGUGUCUCCAAAGUCCCCCUUUAAAUUAAACCCAUCUGCUUCUAAACAUUAUUCUUUAGUAACCAAUGGGCCGCUGGACCGAGAGAAAAACAGUCAGUACAGUGUGAAGAUAAGUGCCACUGAUUCAGGAAAACCUCCAUUAAGGAGUGAAAAAACAAUUGUUGUGGAACUGCUGGAUGUAAAUGACAAUCCUCCAGUUUUCUCCCAACUUUCUUAUGUUGUUCAUGUAAAAGAGAAUGAUCCUCCAGGAAAGAUUUUAUGCUCAGUCUCAGCAGCUGACCCAGACACAGGAGAAAACGCAAAGAUCUCUUACUCCAUCCUGGACUCUAAAGUGCAGGACGUUUCUGUCUCAUCUUAUGUUUACAUGAACUCAGAGAACGGCAGCAUCUACAGCAUGCACUCGUUCGACUAUGAGAAGCUGAAGGUGUUCCAGAUCCAGGUCCAGGCAAAGGACCAGGGCUCUCCGAGUCUCAAUGGUGCAGUGGCAGAGCAGCUGACUUUAAACCCCAAGGUCCUGGGACCUGGUUCCCCAGUCAUUCCAACAUCCAUCUGA